AUGUCGAAUCCAGGAGAGAAUGAGAAAGCUCUUCAAGCUAUAACAACUCUCGAAAAGUAUCUAAUUGAAGCCAAAAGUGGUAUCGUUGAUCUCGUUGUGAUGUUGGAAAUGCAAGACCGGGUUCCUUAUCCUGAUCUCUUGGAUCAGUUUGCUGCUUUGGCUGGUUCUUUCACAGAGAUUCAGAAUAUUAUGAAGAAGGGGGCGUUACCAUCAGCCGCUGAAGAUGGAGGACUCUUGCUGAAGAACAAUGUUUUGGUGCCAACUUUUGUGUCUAUGGAGCCGGACGAUAAUCUUUUGGUACGUUUUUUGUGCCUUUAUAUUGUUUUUGGAUUUAUUUUUAUUUAAAGUUGUGUUCUUUGCAUUAGCAUCUUAGAAUAUUGUUUCAGCAAUUAACAGAAGGCAGAAUACAUUGUUGGAACCAUGAUGUUGUCCCAGAUUAUCUUCGAACAAAGCUUUGUCCAGCUGCAGAAGAUGAAGAAAGCCGACUAGAUAACGAAAGACAACAGCGACCAGGAGAUUCUAUAGCAAAACAAGUAAGUGCCUCAUUAUUAUCUUGAAAAAUGGGUAAUACUACUAGUUGUUAAUGUUUUUUGUUUAGAUUCAAUUGAUGAACAAACAUAUCGACUCGAUUAUUACUAUCAACGGCGAAACUACAAACAAGACACAGGAUAAAAACAAAGAAGCGAUUGCCUUUGAUGUUAAUGAUACCAGGAAGCUGGUCAGAGGAAUAAUGAAAGGAGAAGGACUCAAACCAAAGUCUCAGCUACAUUCUGCUGGUCAACUAGCUCAAAGUCUUCAGAAGAAAUGA